GCAGUCAGUCGCUGUGCCUUGCCUCGAGCCAGCGCUGAGUGGAGCCUGUCUGCCAACAGCUUCAGCAGCGGCUCUAUCUGGAACCAACUACACUCACUGACAAUUAAAGGAGGCCCUUUUUUCUUCUUUUUUACGAGGACUAUUCUUCACCAUGGGCGACAAGAAGAGCCCUACCAGGCCAAAAAGACAAGCCAAACAGACUGCUGAUGACGGCUACUGGGACUGUAGCGUCUGUACCUUCAGGAACACCGCCGAGGCUUUCAAGUGCAGCAUCUGCGAUGUGAGGAAGGGCACAUCCACAAGGAAACCCAGGAUCAACUCCCAGCUGGUUGCCCAGCAGGUGGCUCAGCAGUACCCGAUGCCUCCCCCGCCCAAGAAGGAGCGAAGGGAGAGGAGCGAGCGCACAGACAAGGAGCGCCCGGAUGGCGAAGGAGAGCGUGCCAACGGCGAGGGACGCCCAGAGGUUGAGCGUCCGGAGAUAGUGAGCCCAGAGGGAGAACCUCCUGAGAAGGAAAAGAGCGACAAUGAACAACAGCCAGUCAAAGACAAACCCGACAGAGAGAAAGACAUCAGCCCAGCCGUCACGAAGAAGCCCAGCAUCAAAAAGACCAGACCCAAAUCAGACAACCAUCAGAGCCCACCCAGUGACAAACACAGCAUACAGUCUGGCAAAUCAGCAACCAAGACCAACAAGAACUCUCACAUUUCCAGGCCCAAACUGAAGAACAUUGACCGGAGCACCGCCCAGCAGUUGGCUAUCACUGUAGGGAACGUGACAGUGAUCAUAACAGACUUUAAAGAGAAGACCCGCUCCUCCUCCACGUCCUCGUCCACCAUCACGUCCAGCGCGGGCUCCGAACAACAGCACCAGAGCUCCGGCUCCGAGAGCAUGGACAAGGGCUCGUCGCGGGCCUCCACACCUAAAGGGGAUCUCUCAGUGGGGCACGACGAGUCGUUCUGAGGUCCUGUCCCUUUCCUCCUGUCCUCACCCCGAUUCAUCCCCUCCCUUUCCCUCCCCCCGCCCCCCCACGUUUCUGGACACUAUGGAUCCCAUAGGGGGAGAGAUUUCACCUUUCCCAUCGCUGCCCUGCCUCCAUUCCACGACAACCCCUGAAUGCCGAGAGGAGCUGGGUGACUGAGAGGAACAAUGCGGUGCGCCUGCCAGAAAACAAAAGCCCUGCUGGGGGAACUCCCCUCGUGGUUGCACCCGUGGCACAGGCGAGGAGAGCUGGGCUACAAGGAAUAACCCCCACAACCUCCCCUGCGGUAGCAUCCAGACACUUGUAUGUAUUGUUUUAUAUUUGUAUGUGGAUGUGAGGCCAAGUCGACAUUUGUUUUGUUUUUGUAAAGAAGAAUUCUCCGCUGGGCACAAUAACCAUCAUUUCAAUAACUUUAAACUAUUAUUACCCUUAUUUAUUACCUGUUGCACCUGUAUACUUUGAUAUUCUACUUUUUAUGUUGACGCUUUGCUUUGUAGCCCUGCCGAUCAAUCAUUCCUUCAGUGUUUUUAUUACAGUUUAAAGAUGAUAGGACAAGACUCACGAGACGCACACACACACGCACACACGCACACGCACACGCACACGCACACACACACACACACACACACACACACACACACACACACACACACACACACACACACACACACACACACUGGUGCUAGAUACACUGUGAAUCGGUUUUGCAGAUCUGGGAAUUCCCAUUCAUUCAAUGUGACAGAUUGCUGAUAAAUCUAAUGCUCAUUCACAAUAACACUGUCUUACUCUGAACACUGUCAGGACCUCCAUCAGGUCCAUCUUGUUCUGCACAGGUCAAUGUGCAUCAGAAGAAGGGUCACCUGAGGUUCAGACACCUGACUUUUUCAACUAGAUUGUCUAUGAUUUAGUAUGCUAUAGCAGAUCUCUUACAGUAUCUUAUGUUCUUAACUGUACAGUGUAGGCUGUUGUGUAAAACACUAAAAGCUGUUGAUAUUUUCUGCAUUCCGUACUUGGAUAUUGAGUUUUUUGGCUGAAGCUAGAGCUGUUCUCUCAGCUCCUCAGCCAGAGUUUGUUCUGUGAUGACUGAAGGAUGGUUACAUGCAGUUCCACUUGGUAAAACCAUAUCGAACUGUAAAAUAGACCUGUUGUGUCAAGCUGUUGUAAAUCGAUUUCCUUUUUCUUUCGUUGUGGUUCUGAAGACAACAUUGAAUCUUCAUUCUCUCAGCCUGAUAUCCCAGAAAACAAGUGCAAAGACAUGAGGAAUUCACAAAGAUUGACAAUUCAGUUAACGUUUAGUUUUUUAAAUGAAUUUAAGACUCCUGUCAUUGAAGGCAAAAAAAUAUUGCAGUAGUUAAUAGAACACGAUUGCUCUUGAAAUUUUUAGAACAGCAAGGCUUAUUUAAUUGUUUUAAUUCACUUUCACCUUAGCUGAUACUAGACCAACAUUUUCUUUAACUGUAUGAAAUUGUAAAAAGAAUAAAUGUGUAUAUGAUAUCUUAGUUUUAUUUAUUGAAGGACCAAAGGAAUUUCAUAAUGACAUGAUACAUAGACAGAUACAUAACAAUUUGAAAUGCAAUUAUCUAAUGUGUGAGAUGAAUAACAGUUUAAAUAAAGACUAAUAUAAUCCAUGUAAA